CAGCUCCCUCAAAACACAAAAAUAGUUUCCAAAACAAAAUAAACAAGUUGACAAAAUUCAAUUGGAAGCCAUCAUAUCGCAAAUUUUAUCUGAAAAUCUGGAGAAAGCGAUUGCCGUAUUUGAAUGUGAAAUAGCGCAUAAAUGUCCCGGGACAAAGAAAUACGCGUAGAAGAUUGGUGCAAGUGCUCAGUGUCGAAGAAACAAAGAAAAGAAUAACAAAAAGCAAAGAAGUUUGGCAAAGCUUUGAGGGGGAUUUUUGUGGCCUUUGCUGAAGAUUGAUAGAUUUUUGGCCAGUGCGUGAACAAUAUAGGCAAGACAUUUAGUGAUUCCCGCUGUAUUUUUCUUUUCGAGCUUCGAGAUGUCCCAAGACGAUCAGGAAUAUCGCCAGGCGGUAAUAAAUUGUCUGAGGGAGCGUAACAAGCGGGAUGUGUUGCCCUUUAAAGAAAUCAUAUUACAAAAUAAUCGUUUGUUGGACAAUGUUGCCCAGUUAAAGGCCGAUAAUUUAAAAAUUUCCGUUGAGAAUGAACAACUACGCACGGCCAUCUCAACAGGUGGUGGCUUUGGCGGCAAAGAUAGCACUGCCGCCCAAUUGGCCAUGGCGGCAUUGGAGAAGAAACUACUGGCGCAGCAGGAAGAAUUGACUGGCCUGCAUAAACGUAAAGGUGAAAAUUCACAGAUGAUUGUCGAUCUAAAUCUAAAAAUGGAAAAACAACAACAAAUCAUAGCCAGCAAAGAGCAGAGCUUGCUGGAACAAAGAAAUGUCAAUGUUUCCUUAAGAGCUGAAGUUCAAAUGUUAAAAUCCAGUUUGGACGAAUUGAAAAAUCUCAAUACAACGCUGCGUGAUGAGUAUACGGCCUUACAGCUGGCUUUUAGUGCUUUGGAGGAUAAAAUGAGAGCUUCUCAGGACGAGAAUCGCCGUCUGCUGGAUCGUUUGAUGCAUUACAAAUCAAAGGAUGCCGAUAAGUUAAAUGAGGAAAACGAAAGCUUUAUAAGAAAAAGACUGCCGUCAAUUUUCAGAAAACGUUCCGACAAACUGAAACGUGAUCUAGAAGACGCUGUACGUGAACCCAACUCAUCUUUUACUCAUCAUCGUAACUCCUCUAGUUCGUCCAUACACGGUGGUGGUGCUGGCGGUGAGUCCUAUGACGACAGUGAUCGUGACACUUUGAGUGGUGAUCACAAUAUAGAGACUGGCUGUGAUGCAGAGAUGUAUGGUUCACCCAACGAUCAGUUUCACGUUAGUGGCCUUGGCUAUAUGAACAGUGCAAAUCCGACCAAUAUUUAUAUGAAAUUUGAAGCUCAUGAAACGGAAUCGCAUGCGGUGCGUUGGGCUCCCAUAGAACGUGUCAUAGCAACGGGUGGUGCCGAUCGUAAGGUCAAAUUAUGGGAUGUGGGGAAAGGUUCAUCAGAACCGCGAGCCGUAUUAGGCGGCAGUAGUGCUGGUAUUAAUUCCGUCGAUUUUGAUUCCACUGGUACCUACAUCAUAGGAACAUCGAAUGACUAUGGAGCUCGAGUGUGGACAGUAGCUGAUAAUAGAUUAAGGCACACCUUGACUGGUCACAGUGGUAAAGUGAUGGCAGCUAAAUAUAUUCAGGAACCCGUUAAAGUGGUCACUGGUAGUCAUGAUCGAACUUUGAAAAUCUGGGAUCUGCGUAGUAUAGCCUGCAUAGAAACGAAAUUUGCUGGAUCCAGUUGUAAUGAUCUCGUUACCACCGAUAGUUUAGGUUCGACCAUCAUUAGCGGUCAUUAUGAUAAAAAGAUCCGUUUUUGGGAUAUACGUACGGAGAAGCAGGCCGAUGAUGUUUUGAUGAAUGCCAAAAUUACCUCAUUGGAUUUAUCAAAAGAUUGUAAUUACCUCAUUUGUUCAGUACGUGAUGAUACUAUAAAACUUUUAGAUUUACGUAAAAAUCAAGUUAUUUCCACAUUUUCUAAUGAACAUUUUAAACUAAGCUGUGAUUGGGCCCGUGCCUCAUUUAAUAUGAAUGCCACAAAAAUUGCCUGUGGCUCCUCCGAUGGCGUUAUUUACAUAUGGAAUGUCAUGGGCAAUUUAGAAUCAGAACUAAAAGGACAUGCUUAUGGUUCUGGAUUAUUUCACAGCUCGGCGGUGAAUGCUGUCAGUUGGAGUCCCAAUGGCAACGCCUUGGCCUCGGUGGGCAAGGGUAAGAAAUGCUUGGUCUACACCGAAUCGUAGCUGAUAAUUGGCUGACAAGUGAAGCAAAGGCGCCAAACAGGAUGUUGAUGAUGAUGAUGAGGAGGACGCUAUUAAAACAAAGCUCAGAAAACUUUUUUUUUUUUUUUUUUUGGAUUAAUGUAUAAACAACCCCAAGAAUGCAUAUAUAUAAUGAAAAUAUUAUAAAAACAAAAAACAAAGUGUGAAGAACAAAGAAACAAAAAAAUUAUUUAAAAUGAAGCGUAUGAUACUUAUUAAAAACAAAAUCAAAUUAUUUUAUAAAAAUCACAGAAAAGAAAGUGAACAUGUGCUUAAAAUUUGAAAAUUUUUGCAAAUUAUAUUUUGUUUGAGAUAUUUUUCUACUAAACUUCUAAAUCCUUAAGUUCUUUUUUUGUAAGAAUUAAAAUUAAAACAAACUAAAAUAUAAAUAAUUUAAAUAUUUUCCAAGAAAAAAAUCGGUAAUUGUAUAUCUAUGGCUUAAGUAUUUUUUUUUUUGUUUUUAUAUACGUAAUUUAAAAUUAUAUUAGAUCAUGUAUCCCUUUUUUAUAAAAAACGAAAAUGUUCAAGAAUAUGAAGACAUCAAACAACACAACAA